GAUGUCCUUUUUUAUUCUAAUCUGUGAUGUGGAUGUAGACUGAUAUCUCAUCCAGGAUGGAGACAGAACGAGGUUUACAUCAGAACCUCAAGGUUCGGUGGGAUCGUUACACCUCUUGCAACCAGGAAUCUCAGUCUCAGAAGAAGUCUCAGUACCUAGGUUACUUCCUGGAACUUCUUUACUCUAUGUCUAUGAAUUCUUCUAUUGAUACAGAGGAUCUUUACAACUUCUGCAAUGACGUACACAGCACCUUCAACAUACUCGCCCUUGAAUUCAUGACCUCUGUGAAGGACAUCUCAACCCAGCCACCAGCAGCUGCACCGGCGUCAUCAAUGACUGAUUUCCAUAGAACCCUAGACAGCGCCAUCUCUAGUCAGGUUUCACCAGAGCUUCCACAGGCUGACCUGAUGGACUUUCUGAUGCAUGGACGUGGGUGGUUGCUCCUCAAUGCUAUGUCUACAUUAGCCACACAGGUGAGAUAAUUAACAUGUACAUGAUGGUAGUCUGCUAGCACAGACCCUUGGUUUCCAUACAGUCCUAAAUGCAGAGGCUGAAAUAGGAGACUAGAUUUCCUACUUGGGUACUGUGACUGCUCAUACAUAGACAGGGCUUUGAAUCUUGUCUCCUAACUAGACAUGGUAUAAUUUGCCAAAGUGUCAAAUUGGAGUCUGUGGUAGCAGACUAGCAUGGUUGAAAAGGGGGAAGGGGACUUUCCAAGCAAGGUAUUGUGCAUGGUCAAUGUAAAACAUGGAUUGUCAACUUUGAAGUAUUAGUGGUGAAUGAUUUAAACAGUUCAUGGAAAUAUACAAUGCAAUCAACAGACCUGCCAACCAGUACGAUUUUCCAGUAUUUAGUACGAUUUUUUAAUUAAAAUACGGGCAUACGAUUUUUCAAGUUCAAAAAUAUGUUUUUUACGUUUAAAAAAAAAUAUUUGCGAUUUUGGCGUUCUAUACUAUAAAGCGAUUUCGAAGCUCAGUGGCGCGCGCACUGGCAUAGAUCGGCACUUUCGCAAACUGACAUGCUAAACGCCCCACAGUCCCUGACGCCGCAAGAAAAUGGUCUGCCGCCAUUUUGUGUCAUAUAGAAACAUGUGGCUGGUGUAAUUGUUGUUCCAACAUUAUGUAUACGGCGAUGCAUUGUGGGGUUGCAAGAUGGUGGAUAAUGGUGAUCAAGCGCACAAUAUCCAUUCAAUUAGAUAAGACUUUGGUGAUUGAACGGGCGAAGCGUGAGUGCUGGUGCCCGGUGGCCUAGCGCUAGCAAGUGGGCCGCGCCGGGGAGCGCUGGCCUGGCGCUUCGUGUUUACGUUGUUCGCGGUUCAUGUGCAUUUCAUUGCCGCGGUGUUUGCUUGAACUCUCGAUAUUUUCAUCUCGGAUAAUGGAUUCAUACCAAAGAAAAAGGAGAGUACUUAACAGAGGCGAUUCUCACUCUGGACAUUCAAAAAGAUGGAGAAUGAGUAGCGGUGAUAAGUAAGUUUGUCAAAAUGCAAACUCCCGGCCUAGCGGAUAAGGCGCUUGGGGAUGUGUCUGCUAGUGCCAGGCCGGCCGCGCCGCGGCCUGUCCUGAUGAUCGCGCUGCGCUGCUGCACUGCACUGGCUCCGCGGCCGUGUUGUGCAUAAUGGAGUCUAGCGUAAGCUACACGUGGACCACAAUUUAUAUGAAGGCAGUACUUGAUUGACUCUUCAGAAUAUCUGAACAAUUUUCACAAAUCUUUUAAGUUUUUUAAAUGUCAUAACUUUGAAUGUAAAAAAAGUUAGUUCAAGACCUAUAUUGGUUCAUGAAACUUGGACAUUAGAGUAAUCAAUUAUCGCUCAUAAUUUUGCAUGAGUUGAAAUUCAGGCCAUCUGAUUAAGGUUAAAGGAUAUUUUAAAGUAUUUUUAUCGUAUGAUAUUAUUAGUUUUUGAUUGACAUGUGUGGAUUUUUCCAGCUUAAAAAAAAGAUCCCUACUCAUACUGUGGGAGGGGAGGACAACUCCCCCCCUUGCGCGUUCCGCGCAUUU